AUGUUUGACCCAGCGCUCGUGCCCGCGGAGGCUUUCGAUUCCAGGCUGGACCCCACCUUCACCUACCAUGACGACAAGUACUCCUGCCUCAGGGGCGCCUAUUUUGCCCACGUCAUCUGCUGCUACCUAGUCGCCAUCUCCGGCGCCCUCGCCCUCCUCAGCCGCGCCUGGCCCCGCGCCCGCCCCAUCCACCCCUGGAUGGGCCGCCUCUACAUCAUUUUCAUGCUUUGGGCCACGGGCACGUCCCUCCUCGUCCACAACGCCGGCCUGCCGACGGCAGUGCUGAUCUCAUUCGUCUGGGUGCUCGGUGGGCUGACCGUCGGGUGGCUAGCCAUUGUGAUCCAUAAGGACAGGAUGCGGGCCGCGGCCACCCAGGCGGCGCAGCAGCGGAUCAAGGCGGAGGGCGGGGACGUCCCCGGCGGCGACCUGGGGGCGCUCAUAUCGCGCGAGGCCGGGCGCAUCGCCGCCGGCAAGACGUUUGCGCAGCGGUUUUUCUCGCUCAAGGCGCUCCACGGGUCGGUCUUCUUCGUAUCGUGGAUCAACAUCGUCGGCCGCAUCUUCGCGUCCAACCAGAGCGGCGACUUCACUUGCUAUACAUACCCCGUGUACAAGCAGAUUGACACGCCGCACUUCAAAGGCGCUGGCCAGCCCCUCACAUACCUGCCAGUGCACGACCCCCGAUACGCCCGACUGCCCUGGGCCAAGAUGGGGCCUGCCGGAUGGGGCGCCGCCCUGCUCUUCGGCCCCCUGGCGCUGGCCCUCGUUGUCGGCGCUGCCGUCUCGUUCGCAGCGGCAAGGCGGGCGCGCAAGGCGCGCUCCGUCGCGCCGGGGGCGGGCGACGGCGGGCCCGACGACGCCAGCGCCGCCGCGGACGGGGCCGGCCUGGAAGCCGCCCAGAAGCUGGCGGCGUCUGCGUAA